GAAAAAUCGAAAUGAUUAGUAUACUAAAUUGACGACAAACUAGUUAAAUGCUGAUGCUUGUAAAAUAAUGUGCCUGAAGUGGAGUACAGAUUCACCUACGCAUCACAGAGAUGCCACUGAGGGAUCUGCGGCGACUGUGGGGGACGAGGAAGCAGAGUGCGGUGCCCUCGGACAGUGGUGGGGAGGAGGGUGGAGGGGCAGAGGUCAGAGGCCACCUGUGUGCCCUGCCCUUGCUGCAAGUGUGGCCCAGUCAGGACUCACCUAGAGGGGAGGCCGACGGGCAAAGCUUCGUGUUUCCAGCAGAUGAGGCGACGGCUCAUCAAAAUGACUCGGGUAUCGAGUCUGUCCAGGCAAGCCCGUCUCCAGGAGUGCAAUGUGAGCGUCAGGUGGCCCCGGCCUCACCCUCCCCCUCAGUGUCCGCCUCCGUGUCGGGACGUCGCUCCAGCACCUUGCUGCACCCGGACCACGCCCGACUGCUCAUCCGCCGUCCCAGCACUCCAGAGCCCCAGGAGGAACCUCAGAGUCCCUCCUCUCCAAGCACCGCCUCCUCCAUGACCAGUGUGGCUGGCGCGGCCGUCGCCUCCCUGGCGUCGCGACACUCCGACCCGUGGGACCGGCGGAGGCGGAGCUCCACAGUGACCGCGAGGUACUCCCUCCUCGACGCUCUAGACCUAGAGUACGCUCUACUCCGCGCUGCCGCCCGCGGUAGUGUCGGUCCAUACAGCCUUUCCGAGUCUAUACACAAACUGACGUUCACGCAGAGUUUAGCGUUUCCCGCGCUGGCUCGUGGUUUGGCGGGAAAGCGGCGGCCUUCGCAGACACACCCGCCACCUCUCGACCCCUCGGAGUCUGGCCUGAACGCGUUCGCUAAGAUUGUGACGGCGCUGGUGCUGAUGCUUGUGAGUGUGAUGGUGUUCGGAGUGGUGUACAAGUAUGUGAGGACGUGAGGGUUGCUGCUGUCCCCCGCACAGGAGGGACAGCACUACCCCUAUGGACACGGACAGCAGCACAGCAGCUACAGAUAGCAGUCUACUCUACCUCAACCUUACAGUCUACUUGUUCAAAUACUUACAUACAUAUUUGCAAAUAUUUCUGAUUCUCUGGUUAUAAGAUGAUUUAUAAUUUAUACC